GGGUUCCGGGAGAGCCGGAGAGCGGCUUGGGGCACGGGCCUGGAGGGACAGCACAAGGGGAAUGGCUUCCCACUGCCAGAGGGCAGGGAUGGAUGGCAUAUUGGGCAGGAGUUGCACCCUCUGAGGGUGGCCAGGCCCUGGCCCAGGGUGCCCAGAGCAGCUGUGGCUGCCCCUGGAUCCCUGGAGGUGCCCAAGGCCAGGCUGGAUGGGGCUUGGAGCGGUCUGGGACAGUGGGAAGUGUCCCUCCAUGGCAGGUUGAUAGAACUGGACGAGUUUUAAGGUCCGUUCCAAGGCCACGCCCACAGUAGCCCCCGAGGGGCCCCGCCCCCAGCAGGCCACACCUCCAAGAUGUCGUCGGCAGAGCACGGGAGGUUCUUCUGCACGGCGGGACGCGGGCUGGAGCCCUUCCUGGCGCGGGAGGUGCGGGCGCGGCUCGGCGCCACCGAGGUGGACUGCGUCUCGGGAAAAGUGUUCUUCAGGGCGGCCGCGGGACCUGGAGAGCUGCGGCAGCUGCGCUCGGGGGAGCGCCUGUUCCUGCUGCUGAAGAAGCACAGUCCGCUGCCGGUGUCCGGGAACAGAGGGAAAAUGCUUCAUGAGAUUAAAAGCCUUGUCAUUGAGGACCCGAAAUACUGGCUGGACAUUAUCUCUGUUUGGAGAAAGCUUCAUGGACACAAGGGGAAAACAGAUUAUGGCUCUCAAGAAAACGCAUUGGCUCUGAAGAGAAAGUCAGAAGAAGAGACAAAUACUGCAAGUAAAAGGCAGAAAACGAAGCAAGUGAAGGCAAUUGUGUCUGAAGAGUAUCAGGUGGGAGCUGGGGAGACCUGUGAGGCACCAGACAGAAUGAGCAGGCAGGAGUGCUGGACUGAGAGCAGGACUUCCUCAGAAUUGCCUUCCAGAGGCAGUGAAGAGGAUCCUGCUGCCAGUGAGGAGCUUAACUUCAGCUUCAGGGUGUCAUGUCGCUGCAGUGGAGCGAUUGCCAGAAUACUGACUUCACAGGAGGUCGGAAGAGCCAUUGGCACAGCGCUGGUGAAGCAGUGCGGGUGGCGUACUGAUCUGCGGGACCCUGACCUGGAGAUCUUUGUACAUCUUAAUGACAUUCACUCUGUGGUGGGGAUUCCUCUUUUCAAGCUUCCAUUGGCAAACAGAGAGUAUAUCAGAACAGCAGGACUGCGGUCAACAGUGGCAUGGGCCAUGGCAUCUCUGGCUGAAAUCAGGGCUGGUGCCCUUGUGCUGGAUCCCAUGUGUGGGUUAGGAACCAUCCUGCUGGAGGCUGCCAAGGAGUGGCCUGAAGCCUGUUACUGGGGUGCCGAUAUAAGUGACUCACAGUUAGAGGGUGCAGAUGGCAAUAUCAGAGCUGCAGGCUUAGUGGAUAAGAUUGAGCUGCUGAAAGCUUCUGUGAAAGCACUGCCAUUGCCCUCAGAAAGCUUUGAUAGUGUUAUUUCGGAUAUUCCAUUUGGGAAGAAGUUCAAGACCACAAGUGAUUCCCGGCUCCUACCAGAUCUUCUCCAGGAAAUGGAGAGAGUGCUUCGUGUUGGAGGGACCCUGGUGUUGCUGCUGAGCCAGGAGCUCCGCAGACACGUGGAUCGUUUGACCAGGUGUGCUGGAGGUGACCCUGCUGAGGCCUCUGCUGAUGGUGACAGUGGAGCAGCCCCUGCACAAGCCAUGGAUGGUUUGACCAGGUGUGCUGGAGGUGACCCUGCUGAGGCCUCUGCUGAUGGUGACAGUGGAGCAGCCCCUGCACAAGCCAUGGAUGGUUUGACCAGGUGUGCUGGAGGUGACCCUGCUGAGGCCUCUGCUGAUGGUGACAGUGGAGCAGCCCCAAGUGUGGUUGGGAAUUCCUCCUCCUUGGCCCAGGGGUGUGGAAAACCUGUUCUCAGCAGACAUUUUGGGUCUCUGCUGCCAGAGGGUGUCUAUGCCGUUAGCCUGGGCAAGACUGAUGCUUUCAUACACAAAUACAGGAAGGUGUCUGCUCCUGGGAGCAGCAGAACUGGGACUGAGAGCUGUCCCAGUACUGGUACACUCCCUGGAACUGGGAGCUCUCUGGCUGUGGGCUGAAGGGAACUUGAAUGCUUUGGGAGCAGCCUCUGCUGAUGCAGACACAUCCACUGCCAUCCCUUAGAUUGCCUCAUGUCCUUGGGAAGUCCUAAGGCACUGUGCUGUUCUGUCUCUGGUUUAAUAGGAGAGGUGGAAGCUGCAGUAUUUCUACUACAGUAUUUCUACUGUAUUGGAUACAGUGAAAGCGGAUAUAGUGUAUUGUAAUGUGGCAGAGUCCUCAAAUCCUUGUUUAGGCAGAGCUGUUCGGUAUUGGGAGGAGUUUCUGUGGGAGAGUCUUGAUUUGCAGAACUGCAAAGCCAGAUGUGGUAGCUCAUGAUCUUUGGGCUGUGCACUCCAGCUAUUCAUUUAAAAGCAAUGUUUAAGCUGCAGCUUUGUCUAUUCUAAGUAUUCUUAGUGUUCAGGUUGUUCUUAGAUGGAGGAUAGGUGUGCCCCCUGAGAUGCUGAGCAGGAAGGGAGGCCAGAAGGACAAGAAGCAGCAGUGACAGCUGGAGUUGCAGCCAGGCCCUGGGCCCUGACCCUGUUUUGUGUGUCCUGGGUCCUCCCUGCCCUGCCUCUCCCUUUCUCUCCUGCACAUUUGUGGCACCUUUUUUUCUUCCCUGUACCUUUUCUCUUGGUUCUUCUGUCUCAUCAAAAUAGGGCUUCUAGAACUGUACCAAAGAAAGGGCCCAAGGCAAUACUGAAAUCACUUUCUCCUUUGGGUUUUAGCAUCCUUUGUACAAAGGCUGAGAUAGCAAAAACCAAAAAACAUUGCAUGUUUUCUGUGAGAACUGAACAUGAAGAUUUCUCACUGCUUUCCUAAGCUAUGUCAAUCUGCAGGAACACUGGAGGCCUUUUGAGGAGGGAAAAUUAGGAUAAAAUACAUUUCUGUAUGCUUCUGUGUCAAGCUUUUGACUGAAGAUCACCUUAAAGAGCAGGGUUGGGUUUAACAAUGUUAUUUUGUUGACUUCAAUGCUGUUUCUCUCAAAUGUUUUUAAUGAGAAAAGUAAAAAAUAGGAUUAUAUUUGCAUUUUCAAACACACAUUUCUGUCCUAAAAUAUCUUGUAGUUGUUAAUGUAUAUUUUUACACCUGUGCAGUUUAUGAUAAAGACUUUCUUUUGAAACUCAGCAGCAUUUUGGACUAAGGCAAACUUUAAGGGCAGGGUUUGGGGGGAGGUUUGUUUUUGUUUGUUUUAUUUUCUGGUUUUGUUUUGGUUUCAUUUGGCUUGCCUUUUUUCUAACACUGAGCGUAUCAAAGAAAUCAAGGAAUAAUGUGUAAUUGUAGUUUGAAUUCGUUACUUUUUUACAAACAAUUACUUUGAACUCUGGUUAACUGUAUUUAUCUAGUGUGGUUCAGUAUUCUUCAACCAUUGUGCUGUCAAAAACAUUUAGAAAUGUCUUGGUGAGAAUUUUUGCUUUGGUAUUUUAGAAGAAAGCAGCUUAGGCCAUGUUGUGCUGCCCACAUGCAGCUGUGAGACAUUUGUUCCUUGCCCAUGAGACAUGGAAGGAUAGUUUUGUGUUGUGCUGCCAAGCUCUGUUUGUGUAUUGUAGUGCCUUUACCUAUGUCCUAGGGCUAUUUUUGGUCCCUUCUUGGCUUUUUUGUAUGAAAGCUGAUUUUUCUAGUCUUGCAGCACCAACAAAAAAGGAAUGUAAGUAGCACUUACAGUGCUAAUGUCACAUCAACCCUCAUUGUUUGUAGGUACUGCAUUUUUGGAGGCAAUUAACUGAUAUCUUCAGUCUGUUGCUUUUUGAAGUUGUUGGAUGUUUGGGGGAUUACAGUGUUGAGGCCUGAACAUAAUGAUGUGUGCCCUGUAGUCAUACCAACACUGAAAAUUUUCCAGGUGUUCCCUCUAAGUUUCUUUGAUGCUGAACUACAGACACAUUAAAAAACUAUGAAAAAAACCCCAUUCUGUGGAAAAACACACCCUAAAGAAACAUCUAUGUGUGAAAUUCUGAGACUUGCUGUAAGUAUAGAUGAAUUCUUCUGUAAUCACUUGGAUCAUAUGUUAUCUAUAUAGCAGCCAUACAAAAAUAAUAGAGCUGCUCUUCACAAAACUGUUUUUCUGAGGAAUAGCAAGCAAAGUUUUCUGUAUUUUGUCAAAGCAAGUCAACUACAAAUACAAAUAAAUACUUUUACAUCAGUACUUUAAGAUACAAAAAUACGUGCAGCUCUUUGGAAGAAAUUAGAAGUGAACCCAGACCUUUGCAGAUAUUUUUUCUUGUACAAUAUACACACUCUAGGAACUAGAUACAUUAAAAUUAUAUUUUAACAACAGUAGACUUAUGGUAAUUCACUGUAUUCACAGAAUAUAUAGAAGCAGACUGAAUAGAUUCUCAAUACAUUCUGGUAUUGGAUAAAGUUCUGUGUUAGAUAUGUAAGAAUAUAAUUUUAAAUGUUAAUGCCAUUAUGUUGUCACAAUUCUUUUAGCUUGAGGAGAGCAAUAGAUUAAAACUGAUUUAUCAGGGAUUUUACAGUCAGGAGCUGUAAUUUAACCAGAAGUAAGGUAAUUAGAGAUAGAUCCCAAGCUGUGCCUUAUCAGAUUAUAAUUAGUCUUCUUUGAAUAGCAGAUUGAGACACAGUUGGUUUGUUACAUAUUGCCAUUCAAAAUAUCCUAGUAUUAAAUAUAGCUAGUCAUGUUAUUACUGGCACACUGUGCUUGUGUAACUGUGGACAUCAGCAUAUCUGAAAUAAAUACAGAUUUUCUGCUCAUACUUAUUUAUGUAUUGAAACCUGUAAAGUUUCUCAUUUUUGUAUACAGAAAAAAUACUAAUUUGUAUGUAGAUGCAUUUUAAAAUAAAAAUAUAUCUAUUC